CAGGAGGCCGAUGGCACCUUGGACUGCAUCAGCAUGGCGCUCACCUGCACCUUCAACCGCUGGGGCACCCUGCUCGCCGUGGGCUGCAACGACGGGCGCAUCGUCAUCUGGGACUUCCUCACGAGGGGCAUCGCCAAAAUCAUCAGCGCCCACAUCCACCCCGUCUGCUCCCUGUGCUGGAGUCGAGAUGGUCACAAACUGGUGAGUGCUUCAACCGACAACAUUGUGUCGCAGUGGGACGUUCUCUCUGGAGACUGUGACCAGAGGUUUCGAUUCCCUUCGCCUAUCUUGAAAGUUCAAUAUCACCCUCGAGACCAAAACAGGGUUUUGGUUUGUCCCAUGAAGUCUGCGCCAGUGAUGCUGACACUCUCUGACUCCAAACAUGUUGUUCUGCCUGUGGAUGAUGAUUCGGAUCUCAAUGUUGUGGCCUCCUUUGACAGACGAGGGGAAUACAUUUACACAGGCAACGCCAAGGGGAAG